AAUAUUUUAUCUCUACAAACCCAAACUGAUUCUCUAUAUUCUUUCAUCCACACAUCAUCACAUUAUUAAAGAUGAAGCGCAAGGCAGAUACUCUAUCCAAUGGCAAAAAUGGCAAAAUUAUCCUAAAGAAACGUGCAAAGAAGUGUAUGCUCUCCAUGGACUUUUCCCUCUCUGCCCCAUGAACUGACUGAAUCUUGUGUUACAGCAUUAUCGGAUGAAGAUGCAAAGAAAGCUUUUAGAAAGGGACUUUUCGAUAAAGAGGUUCUCAAGAAAUAUACUAAGGAAUAUGCCAACUCGGAACCAUAUAAACACCAAGUUAUCAGCCCAUUGAUCGACGAUGCUCUUCUUCGCAGCGUCCGCAACGAAAUUCGAGAAAAUGUUCACUUCACACCUAAAGAAACGGAUAUUUAUAAAAUACAUCAAUCGGGAGACUUGGCCAAUUUGGAUGGUUUGGAUGAUGGUGCACUGGAAAAGUUACCCUCUUUACUCAGACUGCGAGAUGCAUUGUACUCAUCUUCGUUUCGAAAAUAUGUUGCAAAGAUUACGGGUUCUGGAGAAUUGAGUGGGAGGAAAACGGAUAUGGCUAUCAAUAUUUAUACGCCAGGUUGCCAUCUUUUAUGUCACGAUGAUGUGAUUGGGAGUCGGAAAGUCAGUUACAUUUUGUAUUUGACUGAUCCAGAUGUGGCUUGGAAAGAGGAAUGGGGUGGGGCUUUGAGGUUGUUUCCUACCAAAGAGUUUGACGAUGAUGGUGUGAAAACCAUUACUCCUAGUCCUGAUACUUCGAAGAUUAUUCCGCCGGCAUGGAAUCAGUUGAGUUUCUUUGCUGUUCAACCUGGUCAAAGUUUCCACGAUGUCGAAGAGGUAUAUCAUGCCGCAAGCAAAGAACAGUUGGAGAAGGAUGGUGGUCGAGUUAGAAUGGCUAUUAGUGGAUGGUUUCAUAUUCCUCAAAUUGGAGAGGAAGGAUAUGUGAAGGGAGCUGAAGAGAAGUGGGGGAAGAAUAGCAGUUUGAUGCAAUUGCAGGGCAAUCCAGAUAAAUAUGACUUCCCGAAAGAAGAACCAGUUACAGUAGUGGAAUCUACUGCUGAUGAUUCUGAGGAAAUUGGCCUUGAAGAGGCCGAUUUGGAUUUCUUACUAAAAUAUAUGGCACCCACUUACCUUACACCGGAUACCUUGGACCAAGUUGCCGAACGUUUUCAAGAAGAGUCAAAUGUUACCCUUGAUGGUCUUCUAUCAGUCAAGUUCGCGGCUAAAGUUCGAGAAUAUGUUGAAGCACAAGAGGCUGCAGGUCUACCAGAAAGUACCGCGGAAAUCGAGAAAGGCUUCUGGAAAGUUGCUAAGCCACCUCACAAGCAUCGUUUCCUUUACCAACAACCAUCUGAUUUCCAAGGCUCCGAUCGCGAAAAGGAGAUUAAUCCAAUUGGAGAGAUUCUGAAUGUUUUACUUCCGAGUACUCAAUUUCGAAAAUGGCUUGAGAUUGCCACUUCCUGUCAAAUUGAGAAUUACGAUCUCUUGGCACGUAGAUUUCGCAAGGGUUCAGAUUAUGCUCUUGCCAAAAAUUACGAGGGUAAGCCAAGACUUGAAGUUGAUCUGGGAUUGACGCCUACAACUGGAUGGGGAGAUGAUGGUAAUGAUGACGAAGAAAAUGAAGAUAAUGAGGGUGACCAUGAUGAAGAAGAAGAGGAAGACGAGGAGGAAGCCAAACCAAAAUCCAAGUCCAAGGAGAAAGAAAAGUCAAAAGGAGAGAAAAAGGCACCAGAGCCUAAAAAGGAAUCUGAGCCUGAACCCGAGGAGGAAGAUGAUGUUGGAGGUCAUUUAGUAUUCAUGGCAGGCGACGAUGAAAAUGACGAAGAUGCAGCAAUUUACAAAGCUGCUGGAGAGGAAGAAGACGAUGGAGUUCUUUUUACCAUGCCGGCUGCAUGGAAUAAAAUGAGCAUUGUCUUGCGAGAUAGUGGUGUGUUGAAGUUCGUCAAGUACGUUAGCAAAAAUGCAAAAGGAGAUCGAUGGGAUAUUAGCGGUGCUCUUGGGGUUAAAGAAGAGGAAGAUGAGGGAAAAGAGGAAGAAGAGGAAGGUGAGGAAGAAGAAGAUGGUGAAGGUAAAUCUUCACAGGGGACACAAAUCUCACUAGAAGAUUCCGAUGAAGAAGGGACCUUUAAUGGUUUCCCUGACUCGGAGCCUGACAGUGAUUCGGAUUAGUGUAAUGAAGACUCUACGCCUGGUCAAUUGUGUUUCAAUGAUAGGAUACCCAUCUUGGUCCGGCCUACCAAGUUGUCAUAUUCUUGACACAUGUGGAGACAUUUAUGGAUAAUAUUGUACUCUAUUGCGGAUACAAAAUUCGUGUCAAGUUAGCAUUGACUUAUUCCAACGUAUCAUAUGAAAGAAAAUGGUCUAUCAACUUUUUGUUGCACGUCGAAGUGCAUUUCGCAUUCGUCUAUUAGAGCAACGUGGAGUCUCAUAACACUAGUUUGUGAUUGACUAAGCCUCUAUAUCCUAGGCUGAAGUAAACGCCGAAAUAGAUAUUGUUUAGCCUGGAGGAAGGGGGCAUCUUUCAGCAGGGGGAAUCUGCAAACUAUGCAAUACAUGUCUGUAGUUCAUGCACGUUGACACAUUUUACAUAUUAGUGUUUGGUCACAACAUGAACGAGUAUUACGGUCGAACUCAACAGUUUUGUCGGUAGGUACCCAGUAGGUACUACCUAAGUAUGCUUCCGAUUUCCGUGAAACCAAACCAAAACGAUGUUCAUUUUUACUCGCUCAUCUUUGUUUCUAUCUAUCUACGUACUUU